AUGGAAGAAACUGGCCUACCUAAACAACUUACUAAAGAAGAACUUGAUGAAGAACAGAAGUACUUUUCAAGUGUGUUAGAGGCGUUUCAAGUGUAUAGUCAAUUUUGUUUUCUUCAAAUGAAACAUCAAAUGGACAUGUACUCCUCAUUGAGUGAAGAAGACAAAGAGUUACUCCCGAAUUAUUUAAUGAAAUAUAAAGGUGUUGCGUCUUCCAUCCAAGCGAAUCAACUGUUUUUCAAUGAAGUAGUUGAAACGCAAAAAGACGCAUUAGGACUGAGUCCACUAAAUGACGCCAAACAGGAGGCAUUACUCUUCUCCGAAGACGCCGCCGUUCGUACUGAGAUUUGCAGUAAAAUAGAUAAAGUGAAAGCGAUGUUAACGCAUUUAUAUCGCGAUUGGAGUAUUGAAGGGAGUCACGAGCGUUCUCUGUGUUACGGCCCUAUUCUCUGUGAAUUAGAGCAACUUAUAUCACACGCUCCAAAUCGGAGUACUCUCAAAGUGUUAGUCCCUGGUGCUGGAUUAGGGCGGUUAGCCUAUGAAAUAGCGAAAUUAGGCGUCCAGUGUGAAGGCAAUGAAAUCUCAUAUUACAUGUUAGUAGUCGGCGCAUUCCUCUUAAAUGGGUGUUCAACAAAGGAAAAGUAUCGAGUUCAUCCUUGGGCGACUGAGACGUGUAAUGCCGUCACUUCUUCGGACUUAUUAGUCUCUGCAACACUUCCAGAUGAAGUUGCUGAUUUGGGUGAAAUGAAGAUGGCGAUGUUAGCCGGUGAUUUUGUAGAUCUUUACCAAGGAAGACGGGAAGCUUUCGAUUACGUCAUCACUUGUUUCUUCAUAGACACUGCUCAUAACAUUAUCGAGUAUUUCAGAGUGAUUCAUAACACUUUAAAACAAGGAGGAAUAUGGAUUAAUGAAGGACCUUUACUCUAUCAUUACCGAGAAAGUGAUUCUUUAUCAAUCGAAUUGACUUGGGAGGAAGUGAAGACUGUUAUAGUCAAGAUUGGCUUCACAAUUAAGAAAGAGAAUGUCGUGAAGUGCACAUACUGCCAACCAACUCAUUCCCUGCUUCAAAACUAUUAUAAUGCUAUUUACUUUCUAGCCAUAAAAAAUUGA